AUGUCGCCAGGGAACAAGAAGCAAAACUCCGAUCCAAAUGCAUUUCCUACGAGACAGCUUCUAGUUCUUGCAAUAUGCCGUUUCUCAGAGCCCAUCGCCUUCAACUCGAUCCUGGCGUACACAUUCGUCAUGGUGAAAGAUCUAGGUAUAUCUGACAAGGAUGCCUCUUUCUACGCUGGACUUCUAGUAUCCGCCUAUGCCGUCGCCGAGGCGUUGACGUCGAUGGGCUGGGGACUCUUGUCGGACCACAUUGGCCGCAAGCCCGUCGUGCUGCUUGGCCUUGUAGGCGUCGGCAUUUCGAGUCUCAUUUUUGGUCUAGCUAAGCAGUACUGGGUUGCGCUAUUGGCACGAUUCAUUGGCGGGGCGCUGAAUGGCAACGUCUCGGUUAUGCAGACCAUGGUAGCCGAGAUGGUCAAGCUGCCAGAGCAUGAGCCCAAAGCAUAUGCCGUGCAGCCGUUUGUAUGGACGUUGGGAGGCAUCAUUGGCUCUGCCAUGGGAGGAUUCCUGGCCCAACCUGCCAUAUUCUACCCGUCACUUUUCCCUGAAGACGGGUUGUUCGGCCGUUACCCGUAUCUGCUACCCAACCUCGUUUCUGUUGCGGUUGUUGCUAUCGCCGUGGUCCAGGGCCUCUUUUUUCUGGAAGAGACCAAUGCCAAGCCUAGCAAGGAGAUCAACGGCAGUGAUCAGCACAAUCAAAACGAGCAAUCGACCGCGUCGAGUCUCCCACUCCCCGUUGAGCAUGACUUUAUCGACUUGCGCCGCUCUUCCUUUGGUACCGUUCACUCUAUUAGGCUACCGGAUGAGUUGCGCCCUCCCUCGACGGAGCCACCGGCCUAUGAGGGAAAAACGUUUAAUUUUACCGUCAUGAUGCUCAUCCUUGCUCUGUUGAUAUUCUCGUAUCACCAGAUGGCUGCUGGUAGCCUGCUCGCCACAUAUCUUCUGGAUGUGCCAGAAGUACCAUCGGGCAGGUUUGAUUGGCGGGGCGGACUCGGCUACACGGUGCACGACGUCGGCACGUAUCUCGCCGUUAAUGGUGCUUUGGGCUUGCUUAUUCAGGCUGUCAUUUUCCCCGUGUUUGUAGAACGGGUUGGCGUCUGGCACUCAUUCCUGUGGAUGAUUGUGCUAUACCCCCUGACCUACACGCUGAUGCCCUUCCUGUCAGCCCUCAAUGAGCCGUUGGUCUCGGGCGGUAUCUAUCUCUCGCUGUUCAUGCAAAGUUUCUGCGGUAUGAUAGCAAUGCCUGUUUGCCUCAUCCUGCUCAAGGACGCCACUCCUUCGCCUCAGGUGUUGGGCAGAGUCAAUGGCCUCGCCAUGUCUGGUGCAUGCCUGGCGCGAACGAUAGCUCCGCCCCUCGCUGGAGUUAUCUACAGUGUUGCAGGCUCGGUCAUUGCUUGGGCCAGCUGUAUAGGAGUGGCCCUGUUGGGUGUGCUACAGCUCCUAUGGGUUCCAAGAAGCCGUAUCCGCAGGGACGAACUUGUUGUGGACAAUGGCCUUACGAAACAUCUUACCAACGACUCUCGGUCCGGUGUAGCUAGUAGUGAGAGGGCUGAUAGGCCUUGA